AUGACUAUAAAUAAGAGCUUUUACCAUGCUAAAUCUAUCAGCUCUCAACAAGCAAUCCUUCAAAGAAAAGGCAAUUUGCUUCACAUAAAGAUGGCCAAUCACUUCCUUGCUACCAUCGCCCUUGUGGCUCUGGCUUCCUCCCUUGCCUAUGCCUCAGAUCCUAGCCCUUUGCAGGACUUUUGUGUUGCUAUCAAUGAUCCCAAGGCUGCAGUGUUCGUGAAUGGAAAGUUUUGUAAGGACCCUAAGCUUGCCACAGCUGAUGAUUUCUUUUUUCCCCCUCCCAACAUGCCCGGUCUCAACAUUCCCAGAAAUACAUCAAACCCACUUGGGUCGGUUGUAACUGCAGUAAAUGUUGAACAAAUACCAGGACUCAACACUCUUGGUAUCUCCUUAGCUCGUAUUGAUUUUGGUUCGUAUGGCCUCAAUCCACCCCAUACCCACCCUCGUGCCACCGAAAUCCUUGUUGUCUUGGAGGGUACCCUCUAUGUUGGCUUUGUCACUUCCAAUUUGAACCCUGGCAACCGCCUCUUCACCAAAGUCUUACAUGCAGGAGAUGUCUUUGUAUUUCCCCAGGGUCUCAUUCACUUCCAAUUUAACCCGGAAAAAACUAAUGCAAUUGCUUUUGCCGGUUUAAGCAGCCAAAAUCCUGGAGUCAUCACUAUUGCAAACGCAGUCUUUGGCUCGACACCACCCAUUUCUGUUGAUGUCCUUACCAAGGCAUUCCAAGUGGACAAAAACGUUGUUGAGUAUCUUCAGAAACAAUUCUGGUGGGACAACAACAACUAGAGAAGCUUUGCCAUCUUCUACUUUUUAAAAUUAUUAUAAGAAUGAAGUGUGUGUGUGUGUGUGUAUGUUUUAUGGCAUU